GAUGCAGCUAGAAGGGUCCUUUUCUACAGUUUACUGCCAAAACAUAUUUAGCUGUUAAUUCGGCAAUCUGACUAAAGUAUGACUUCACUUGAUAUGCUGAAAUAAAAACUCGGUAAUUCACGAAACCGUGCCUGGUCCUGCGUUUUCAGUCGCUAAAACGUUAGGUCUAUCCGUGCGUUUCUGUGUGAGUAUGAGUGUUGUGUGAUGACGCGAUGAUCCGCAAGCCAUAGAGGGAUCGAUGGAGACUGGUAUAGAUGGAGACAUACCGAUAGAGGGAGGGAAGAAAUACAUCGUGGCACUAGAACUGUAGUGUAUGGGAAUAUCAAGUAGAGAGAGAGAACGAGAUAAAUAUAGCAUCAACAACGAGAGAGAUAGUGAGAGAGAGAACACGGGCUGUGAAUUCGCGGACGACAUGAGAUUUCUACAUGAAUAGUAUAAAAUGCUUUAAAACUCAGCGUUUUUCCUUACAAACGUGUUGUCAGACGACAGCCACUAAAACAGGACUACACAUCAAGUUCAGGCAGUAGGGGGCAGCAUGCCUGAGCAGAGUAAUGACUACAGGGUGGUGGUGUUUGGAGCGGGGGGAGUGGGGAAGAGCUCCCUGGUCCUACGCUUUGUUAAAGGCACCUUCAGGGACACCUAUAUUCCCACUGUGGAGGACACCUAUCGACAGGUGAUCAGCUGUGAUAAGAGUGUGUGUACGCUCCAGAUAACUGAUACAACAGGCAGUCACCAGUUCCCUGCCAUGCAGAGGCUGUCCAUAUCUAAAGGACAUGCCUUCAUACUGGUCUACUCUGUAACCAGCAAACAGUCACUGGAGGAACUCAAGCCGAUCUACCAACAGGUGAUAGCCAUAAAGGGGAACAUAGAGGCCAUCCCCAUCAUGUUGGUGGGCAACAAGAGUGAUGAGACCCAGAGAGAGGUGGAGACUAAAGAUGGAGAGGCACAGGCGACCACGUGGAAGUGUGCGUUCAUGGAGACGUCAGCUAAGACCAACCACAACGUGACCGAGCUGUUCCAGGAGCUGCUCAACUUGGACAAGAAGAGAAACAUGAGUCUCAAUAUCGACGGGAAACGGUCCGGAAAACAGUCCAGAGCUGAGAGACUGAAGGGGAAAUGUAGUGUCAUGUAGAGAAGAGGAGAGAGAGGGAGGGAGGAAGGAAGGAAGGAAGGAAGGAAGGAAGGAAGGGAACAAGGAAGACAGAAAGUGUGAGGAUAGAAGAGAAGGAAUGGGAGAGGGAGAGAAAGAGAAGAGAGUGAAGAGACCUCAGGACCACUGGUGGGUUCUAUACCUCUCCGUCUCCCUAUCCUCCUCUCUCAUCUCCUGUCUGCCUGACCAGGGUCCUAACCCUCCAUACAGUCCCACUGUAGUGAAAAGAUUAGGGGGGGUAGUCUGAACACGACUCGAACCCGCAACCCUGCAUCUGUCAGCAUCAGUCCAACACAGCCAUUACGCUGUGAGGUCCCAACCUCUUGGCGAGGUCACUAGAUGUUACACUAGGGACACUCCAACAUAAUGUACAUAUCCUAUGUAUACCUGGCCUCCCUCCCCAGCACCUCUGAAAGACACAGACAGUAUACCCCCUAACCGUCUCUGUCAUCAUGCAAAAUGGAGAAUCCUCUUAACUCCUCGUUCAAAAUGGCUUCUAAAUCAUUACUUGAACUGGAGAAACGUUGAACUUGUGACAUCAACAAUCCCUCUAAGACUUUAGCUCAGUGACAAACAAGGGAAGGGCAGUGGUUCACGUCUGACUUGGAAUCCGAGGAAAGAGAACCUGGGAAAGAAAGAUGUGGUAGUUGGACUGAAAUGUUAAGAAGUCUGCCUGGGACACUUGGUAGUUGGACUGAAAUGUUAAGAAGUCUGCCUGGGACACUUGGUAGUUGGACUGAAAUGUUAAGAAGUCUACUUGGGACACUUGGUAGUUGGACUGAAAUGUUAAGAAGUCUGCCUGGGACACUUGGUAGUUGGACUGAAAUGUUAAGAAGUCUGCCUGGGACACUUGGUAGUUGGACUGAAAUGUUAAGAAGUCUGCCUGGGACACUUGGUAGUUGGACUGAAAUGUUAAGAAGUCUGCCUGGGACACUUGGUAGUUGGACUGAAAUGUUAAGAAGUCUGCCUGGGACACUUGGUAGUUGGACUGAAAUGUUAAGAAGUCUACCUGGGACACUUGGUAGUUGGACUGAAAUGUUAAGAAGUCUGCCUGGGACACUUGGUAGUUGGACUGAAAUGUUAAGAAGUCUGCCUGGGACACUUGGUAGUUGGACUGAAAUGUUAAGAAGUCUACUUGGGACACUUGGUAGUUGGACUGAAAUGUUAAGAAGUCUACUUGGGACACUUGGUAGUUGGACUGAAAUGUUAAGAAGUCUGCCUGGGACACUUGGUAGUUGGACUGAAAUGUUAAGAAGUCUGCCUGGGACACUUGGUAGUUGGACUGAAAUGUUAAGAAGUCUGCCUGGGACACUUGGUAGUUGGACUGAAAUGUUAAGAAGUCUGCCUGGGACACUUGGUAGUUGGACUGAAAUGUUAAGAAGUCUACUUGGGACACUUGGUAGUUGGACUGAAAUGUUAAGAAGUCUACUUGGGACACUUGGUAGUUGGACUGAAAUGUUAAGAAGUCUACUUGGGACACUUGGUAGUUGGACUGAAAUGUUAAGAAGUCUGCCUGGGACACUUGGUAGUUGGACUGAAAUGUUAAGAAGUCUGCCUGGGACACUUGGUAGUUGGACUGAAAUGUUAAGAAGUCUGCCUGGGACACUUGGUAGUUGGACUGAAAUGUUAAGAAGUCUGCCUGGGACACUUGGUAGUUGGACUGAAAUGUUAAGAAGUCUGCCUGGGACACUUGGUAGUUGGACUGAAAUGUUAAGAAGUCUACCUGGGACACUUGGUAGUUGGACUGAAAUGUUAAGAAGUCUGCCUGGGACACUUGGUAGUUGGACUUUGGUUGGAUGGAUGAUGGAGUGGACUUGGAACAUGUGAAGAGGUAUUAGAAAAGUUUGUUGUGGGAUUUGGACUGGGAAUACUGCGGAUGAUGUCGUUGGGAAUGUUUGCGUCAGUUGGCUUUGGCCCUUGUUGUUUCAUGUGAGGAGCCUUUCUGUUGGCCUUGUGUUUCCCAUGCCAAGCAGCUGAAUCAUCUUCGUACACAGAAGCACAGAGAGGAUGGAGUGACGACUCUACUCGACGGAGGGAAGACACUCGAUUAGUUUUAUGCCAUGCAAAUACCAUCACAUUGCACUUAAUGUCACACACACACACAAAUAUAAAUGCACUCACACCACGCUUUUUGGAGACCAGUGGUCAUUCACCAAGUGUAUACCUACAUAGUAUGUACAUGAAAAAGGAGUGAUAUUAUUAUGUAAAUGUCAUUAUAUUAUUGUCCCAAACACCUCUAUUGGUUUAUGUAAAGCAAUAAGGUUGUUUGUCAAAGUACAUAAUAUAUACUCCAGGUGGAAGUUGCCCCUAACCUGCAGAUCUAGGAUCAGCUUACUCCUCAAAUCAUAACUAACCAUUAGGGGGGAAUGCAAAACUGAUCUUAGAUCAGCAUUUAUGGACAAAGUCAUCCUACUUCUUACUAUACAGGAGAGCUAAAAGCACAAUCAUUUGAUUGACGUUGUGUUUUUGUUUUACCAUGUUCCGUUAUCUUGCAGAAUAAAUAACUGUCAAUAUA